GACGCUACUCUUAGUCCAUUGUCCGCCCCCGAGACAUAUUUGGCACCACCAUCAACAGGUUGGAAUAGCGACCCAUAUAAUAAUUCAGUGUCCGCCGCCGCCACACGCGCUUGCCAAAGGACGGUUUGGCUGUGCCACAGAGGCGGACUUGCGACGAUCUCCGGCCUCCACCCGUGCACACGACAAUUUUGGGAUCGAAGCCUUAAAGUAUAUAGAUGAUGUCUCAGUAAGGAAGUCGAUAGCGAUCUAGAAAUACCAUGGCUCCUCAACAGCCUGCCAGAAGCAAAUCUAGUAGGAAGCGCAGGAGAAGGCAGGCAUCUUACAGCCCUUCGGCUUCGUCUUCCGGCGGAUCAGACAGCGAGGCGGCGUCCUCUCAAGCAGGUCCAUCUACUCUCCCAGCUCAGAUCUUACCAGCAGCUUCAGCAAACAAGAUCCCGCCAUCAGACUCCGAUGAUUCAGAGUCCUCAGAUGAUUCUGAUGAAGAUGAAGAGAUGCCCUCUGAGUCUCAAUCUGACGACGAAUCAGAAUCCACAAUCUCGUCUAGCUCUACCGCUUCACAACCUGCCAAAACGUUCCCCGCUCAACCUGACCUUCCGAUACCUUCCAAGACCUCCCACAUGCCGCGGAGGAUGAGUGAUUCACCUUCACCGCCGCCGAUACAACUUCCGUCCUUUUUCGCCCCCCGUAGGAGCGAAGAGGACGAUGAACGGAGAUUGAGAUUUAGGCGGUUGUACAUGGACAAGUUGGUCCAGGGCUUUAGUGGUGACCUAGAGGCGCUAAGAGCGGUGAGUACGGGCUACGAGUCGCUUUGCAUAGCUAAGUAUGGCUCAGUCCGAGCCGACGCUCUCUGGCCAAAGGCUGCAGCGUCUAAUCGAUUCACUAGCCUCGGGCAUCGACAUCUUCCACGAUGCGCAUCGCGACCAAGAUGAUCGGAAUACCAUGUCAGGGCGUCCAAUGGAUGAAGUGGGCCUGAUCCUAGGCGAAAGCUGAGGCCGGAGAGGGCUACGGACCGACCGUUGUAUGCAGCGAAUCAAUCAGGGCA